AUGUGGACAACUUCGUUUCUAAACAUAAUAAAGUACUUGUGUUUGCUUUUACUUUCAGAAAUUAAUCUUGUUGAAUCAUCCCUAUCUCCUUCCUCUGCAAUAUGUGCGGUUGCCGAAUAUCCAAAUGUCAACCGUUCUUGUACGAGGUUUUCCGGCGUAGUUUUUCCUAAUGGUGCAGGUGUAACCUGGUAUCGCAGCAAAUCUCCCUUGAAUCUCAUUGGAAAACAUUUUUCUUACCGCGUUUUUAUGGCUAAUCCAAAGAACGUGCUUUCAUUUGCCAGGAAUAGAAGAUUGGUUAGGGUUGAGAAUUCAAAGGUUAAACCUGUACCUAUAAUCACAAGGUUGCUGCAAAACAUUCCAACAAUUACUUGA